UGUAGAGGAGAAUGGCAUUCACUGCGAGGAGGAAUACCAGGAUAAACGAUAUCUGGCGUGUGAACAAAGUGAUAAAUAGAGCGUUUAUCGGCAUUUGCCCUUCGCUGAGACGACAUAGACUGACUCCCUUAUGUGGAAGAGACUAAAACAAAACUCUUUCUUGGGACUUUUGGAAUAUCUGCCCAGUGAUUCCCCAGGACUUCGGAGUGUUCCCACACACAGACACACACACACACACACUGCCACCUUGGUUAAACUUGAGCCGGGGCUGAUAAAUACAUGGCCAUGUUGGGAUAAGUAACGCCGCUAAGGCUCUGUUCGGCUUGUUCAGACGGCUCCAGGCCUCUCUUGGUCUCCUGACCACAGCACCCGUUGGUGGGCCCCCAGUCCCAUCAACAGUAGCUCCACAUGCCUCCAAUCCUCCUGGCAGUGUCUGGAAAUAACAUCUCUCCCAAAUAAAGGACUGAAAAGAAGAAAAGUUGGAACAGGAAAUUAAGCGGCAGAAUAUUUUUUCCAUCUCUCACGGCUUGGCAACCAGGAAGUAGCACAGGCUAGACCCGGAGAGCUCUGAGCGUCGUUUCGGCCUCAUUUAAAUCAUCUGCUGUCUCGUUCCAUUUCCUCACCUGUCAGCUGUGGGUCAGUCGGACGGAGUGGAGGGUCUUACCUGAGGCAGGUGGAUGUCUCUGCUCCUCAGCAUGUCUCUGAGCCUCUGAGGCGGCUGGAUUUGCGUCAGACGGCGGUGAAGCUCGUUCAACUUGAGGUGGGGCCAUGGGAAAGGAGCAGGACCUUCUCCAGGCGGUCAAAAGCGGAGACUUGCCAUCCACUCAGAAGCUGCUGGCCAAGCUCAAAACCAACAGAAACAAGUUGCUGGGCUCUACCAAGAGACUGAAUGUCAACUACCAGGAUUCAGAUGGGUUUUCGGCGCUGCACCACGCUGCUCUCACCGGGACGACCGAGCUGCUGUCUGCCCUGCUGGAGGCCCAGGCCACCGUCGACAUCAAGGACAGCAAUGGAAUGCGUCCGCUGCACUACGCCGCCUGGCAGGGCAAAGCCGACUCCGUCCUGAUGCUGCUCCGCUCCGGCGCGUCAGUGAACGGGGUUUCACAGGACGGACACAUCCCGCUGCACCUGGCCGCCCAGUACGGACACUACGACGUGUCUGAAAUGCUGCUGCAGCACCAGUCCAACCCGUGCCUGGUCAACAAAGCCAAGAAGACUCCGCUGGACUUGGCCUGUGAAUUUGGCAGAGUGAAGGUCGCCCAGCUGCUGUUGAGCAGUAACAUGGUCGUGGCUCUGCUGGAGGGGGAGAGGAAGGAGCCCACAGACUCAGCCUACACCACUCCCCUGCACCUCGCUGCCCGCAACGGACACAAAGACAUCAUACGGUUGCUGCUAAAGGCGGGCAUCGAUAUCAACAAGACCACCAAGGCCGGCACCGCCCUGCACGAGGCGUCCCUCUACGGCAAGACGGAGGUGGUCCGACUGCUGCUGGAUGCCGGGGUGGACGUCAACAUCCGCAACACUUACAACCAGACGGCGCUGGACAUCGUCAACCAGUUCACCACCUCCCACGCCAGCAAGGACAUCAAGCAGCUCCUCCGAGAUGCUACAGGCGUUUUGCAGGUCAGAGCUCUGAAAGACUACUGGAACCUCCACGAUCCCACCGCGCUCAACAUUCGCGCCGGAGACGUCAUCAUGGUUUUGGAGCAGCACAUGGACGGGCGCUGGAAGGGCCACAUCCACGACAGCCAGAGGGGGACGGACAGGGUGGGUUUCUUCCCCCCGUCCAUCGUGGAGGUCAUCAGCAGACGAUCUGGGGGCACCCUGUCCCGGCACGCCUCUCUGCCCACCCAACGCCAGCAGCUGCUGUCCAGAGCCCCCCUCUCCUCCAGCCUCAGCUCUGCCCCCCAGACUGAUGACUCCUACACUCUGUAUGCCCCUCCCACCCACGUGGCGCUGCCGCUCGUCAACGGCCUCAGCACCAACACAGGUCUGUCUCCAAGCUGCCUCUCUCAGCCCGGGUGUCCCCUCGAGGACAUUUGGGUGCUCAGGAACUCAUGCAAUGCCGGAGACAGGAACAGCGUUGGGAGCACGGGCAGCGUGGGCAGCACCCGCAGCGCCGGGAGCGGACAGAGCACCGAGAGCAACAACGCGCCCAACGGACUCCACCAUAACGCCACUCACCACGACAACACCAACAAGCCAGCGACCUCUGCUGGUGAUACUGGACACCCAGACGCCAGCAAACAGCCUGAUCAGACUACAGGAGGGACGCCGCGGAGGCAGAUGGUGACCAUGCAGAGGCCGGCGGAGCAGGGCUUCUCCCAGCAGUUUGUCCGCCCUCAGCAGCUCCUGGAGGGCAAGGAUGCAGAGGCGAUCUACCAGUGGCUGAACGAGUUCCAGCUGGAGCAGUACACCGCCAACUUCAUCAACGCCGGCUAUGACGUACCCACCAUCAGCAGAAUGACUCCCGAGGACCUGACUGCCAUUGGAGUCACGAAACCAGGCCACCGCAAGAAAAUCUCCAUAGAGAUUAACAACCUGAACAUCCCAGAAUGGCUGCCUGAAUACAUCCCAUCUGAUUUGGGUGAGUGGCUCAGUGCCAUUGGGCUGCCACAGUACCACAAGAAGCUGUCAGAGAACGGCUAUGACUCCAUCAACAUCGUGAGAGACCUCACCUGGGAGGACCUGCAAGAGAUAGGCAUCACUAAGCUGGGCCACCAGAAGAAGCUGAUGUUGGCGGUGAAGAAGCUCUGUGACAUCCAGAGGGCGAUCCUCCAGGCUGAAUCAGGCCAAGGCACGCUGCGACGCAAAACCCCAGGAGCCCUCCACCUCGUCACCAUCGAGCCACCAGACUCAACAUCAGGUGGUGAAUGCCCUUCGCCUCACACCCCAAAGAUGCUGACCUUCCAGGACAGCGAGCUGAGUGCCGAGCUGCAGACCGCCAUGUCCAGCCACUACGGAGGCUGCCAGGACGGCUUGGCCAUCAAGAACGCUGUGGGAAUGUCCCAGAGCCAGGAGAGCAUUGACGCACGAUCACGGGGCUCCGGGCGAUCCCAGGAGCCUCCCACCGCCUCCAUCACCCCCCACAGCCGGUCUCAGGAGAGCCUGGGCAGCGCCAGCCUGGACGGCAGCCCCGCUAAGGAGAGGAACAUUCCAGAGGGCUGGGACCAGAGGCCACUGCAGCAGCAGCAGCUGCCCAAGCAGGUGCCUCUGGGCACGGCCACGGUGUUUAAGUACCCGGCCAUCCCAGCCAAGCCCAAAGCCCCAGGAUCUCACGGCUCCUCCCCCCACGGCUCCCCGGCACUGAAGGGCUUCAGCUACCUGCACUCUCACUGCGGCUCCACAGACCUGGAGCGCAGAUCGCCCGCCAGACCGCAGGACCCCACCCUCACCCUAACUCCACCCAAAAAGCGCACGCAGAGUCUGACCCGCUACGCUCUGUCAGACGGAGAACCCGAUGAGGACGAUGAAGAACCCACCGCUCCUGGAGGCCUGCCAUCCUACGCCACCCUCACUCGCCGACCUGGCCGCAGCCAGCUGGCUCGCUUACAGUCGAGUCCAGAAAAGAACGGUAACGUGGGACGCAGUCAGUCUUUUGCAGUGCGCGCCCGGAAAAAGGGUCCCCCUCCUCCCCCACCCAAGAGACUUAGCUCAGUCAGCAGCAACACCAGCGUGGAGUUGGCUGACGGCAGCGUGGCUGCUGGGGGGGUGGUUACAGACAGUCCAGGGAGCGUGAGGAGCAUUGCGGCCUCUCUGGAGACCUCCACUGAGGGGAAGAAUCCCCCAGUUCCCAAACUGGACCUCCUCCAGCAGGAGCCACGUCCCCCCUCCCUCACCACUGCAGUCCAGGAACCCAGAGAGGCGGCGGGAGUGAGGAGGAGGGUGCAGAGCGAGUGCAUUCCUGUCCAGAACAAGAGUGCUGACACAGAGCGGGCGGUGAAAUCUGACUCUGAGGAAGAGGAGCCUAAAGGUCCAGGGCGAGAAGGCUCCUCGUCCCCUCACAACAGCUCCAGUGAGUGCAUCCCCUUUGCUGAGGAGGGCAACUUGACGAUCAAACAGAGGCCCAAGGUGGGAGGGCCGCCCAGGGCCGAGGCUGUGGUUGAGCCUCCGGAGAAGUCAUCGCCAGCCAAGAGCCUGGAGGUGCCGGAGUUCAACCUAAAAGAGUCGGACACGGUGAAGCGCAGACACAAACCCAAGGACAAAGAGCAGGCCGGCGGCUCGCCCAUCAGAGAGAGGGCGGGGUCGACCGGCUCAGAGUCGGGCAGCAGCAGGCCUCUGUCCCAGAGCCAGGAGGAGGUCAGUCUGAGGAUCAACGAGGCCAGUCUGGAGAGGGUGGAGACUCCCCCAUCGGGAUCCCCCAUUAAACCCCCUGUCUCCCCUAAACCCCCCGCCACUGCUCCCAAACCUGUCCGUCACAGCCUGCUGGCAGCACAGGCAGCAGCCGCCGCGUCUCCAGGAGUGACAGUCAGCGUGGUCCAGAGUGUGGCCUUCACCUCUCCGUCCACUCCCACCCACGGGCCCCCAGCUCCGGCCCCGCAGAGCCACCCGCUGGUAGCAGCGAAGCCCCAGGUGUGCAUCGUGGGGCCGGGCCUCGGCCCCGAGUCCUCCCCCGGGACCGUGGUGGUGCAGCAGAGGCUGGACCAGACCAGCACGUCACUGGAAGCAGCUCUGAAGGCCGUGGAGAGAAAACUCACCCAGGAGGACCACUCUGACGGUGGAGCGAACACAGUGAAGUCUGCAGGAACCAUUUUGGACGACAUUGGCAACAUGUUUGAUGACCUAGCGGACCAGCUGGAUGCCAUGUUGGACUGAAUCUUCCUCCUUUUUUAUUGCCCAACAGCAACAUCAACUACACAAAAAAAGACAAAAAGAGCAAAAGCACCCCAUCCGCCCUCACCUCAGGAAGUAAAACACAAACAGAGAAAGAUGGGGGAACGGAGGGUCGGUGGAGUAAAUUCCCCGCCACGGUGUUGCACCCCGUCUGAAGUGCGUUGGUCAGUUGUAGGGCGGAUCUGAUCAGGAUUUUUUUUUCACUGCCGUUUUGUUCCUGCACCCUCAACACCAGCACUUAAACCCCCACCUCCGCUGUAUUUCUCAACAAGACUUGAGACACUGCAGGCUGAUUAAACACUAACGUACUGUCGGAUCUCCUCUCCGGCUCCGGUCGGUCCAUGACUUGACCUUUUCCAAUCAACUUCCUCCUGUUUUUAUUCCUUCCUCAUGUUGUUGUGCCUUCAUUCCCCUGACUUGUUAAAAAAAAUGAACCAGGUCAACUCCAAAAAAAAAAAAAAAAGAAAGAAAGAGAAAAAAUAGGUAAAGUUUGGAGUUGUGGUUCAUUACCAGCCUACUGUGAGGAACCAUUCCUUGGCAGAUUAUUAUUGUACACUAAUAUUGUACUAUGAAGCUCUGUCUGUCCUUUGACAUACUCACUAUGUCUCACCAUUUCAAAUUUUACCUUUGUAAUAUUUUCAAUAUUGUAAGAUUUGAAAAAAAAAAAAAAAAAAAGAAGAUAAUUAUCCAUUUUAUAUCAAGUGAUUUUGACCACAUUUCGUCUGUCUCCCUCAUGGCUCGGUGCCAGUAUGUUGUGCUCUUAAAAAUGACCUUUUAUACAUACACGUGUAACCUCUGGGUUUAUGAAGCUAUGUAAAACAUGUAAAAGUGCUCAAUGAUAUUGUUUAUACAAAGGGAAGAAGACCUUCGCUUUACAAAGCAUGUUCAGCUCUCGUCAUUUAACACUGUCUGUAUGGAGUCAGUAGUUGUUUGUGUACAGUGGAAGAUGGCAUGUGAGAUGUCCGUAAUAUACAUACUAUUUUUUUGGCAAAGCAUUCAUUUUAAUUUAGUCAGACUAGUAUUUAAAUUAGAGUUAUCUAAAUAUGUAUAUUGUAUACUAGAGGUAUAUACAGGAGCGGAUAUUCAACCAAAGUUCUUUGUACAGUUUUCCUUCAGAUACUUCAGUUUUUUUCAACAAAUAUUUCCUUUAAAAAAAAAAGAAAAGAAAGAAAUGCAGAAUCCUGUUGUCAUCUUUCUUGCUGUAAGAUGAAUGAAAAUGUUAAUGAAAUUGUUGUUAUUUACCUGGA